AGGGCUCGCAGUUGUUUGCUCGAUAUCUGUGACGCCGAACGUGUAGUUUGACGUGAUGCUACGUAGACAACAAGGUGUCCAUUCCCAUCGCUUCUAGCCUGUGACGAGAAAUACGUAACCGGGUAAAUCCUACUGACUUGCGACGAGAGUCUGGUAAAAUGGAUGUCGGGGAGGACGGCAAAGCACAAGAGGAGAACGGCGGACAGGUGAACAACAUCUCACCUAUGCCGGUUUCCUUGUUGAUGACUCCGCCCAACAACACCACGCCCCUCAAUCAAGUGGUUCACGUCCAGUCUGUCAUUCAAACUAACAACCAGCACUCCGUCAUUCAGGCUACUCCUGUAGUUCAAGUUCAGCAGUUGGAUGAAGACAGUCUGACUGUGGAUGGUGAGGUUGAGAGAAAGAAAAGACAAGAGAUCCUGUCACGAAGACCUUCCUACAGGAGAAUCUUGAAUGACCUGUCGUCAGACGUACCAGGUGUGCCCAAGAUAGAGGAAGAGCCACCAGGAAGUGAUGAGUCGGAAGGCACUCAGAGUAUCAUCGUUUCAGGAGGAACAGCCAUUCAAAAUCUACCAACAGGGGCAGCCACCAUCCAGAUUGCCAACCCUGGGCUAGAUGGUGUCCAAGGCAUUCAGACGCUGACCAUGACCAGUGCUGGAGGGUCAGGCAUCGUCCAGUCCAUCCAGACCCAAGACGGUCAGCAGUUCUUUGUGCCAGCUUCAACGGGUGAGUACCCUGUGAACAUCGCCCGUCUUGGAGAGGUACAAGCCUACCAGAUCAGACCGGCCACAUCGUUACCCCAGGGCGUGGUCAUGGCGGCACCCUCGGGCCUCCAACAGCAGCACGUCAUGGUAGAAGAAGCCGGAAGGAAACGGGAACUCAGACUAAUGAAGAACAGGGAAGCAGCCAAAGAGUGCCGGCGGAAGAAGAAGGAAUACAUCAAGUGUCUUGAGAACAGAGUGGCAGUCUUAGAGAACCAGAACAAGACAUUAAUAGAGGAACUCAAGUCACUCAAAGAGUUAUACUGUCACAAAUCUGAUUAAGGUUCACCAUGCAUCGUGAUGGGGGUUAUUUUUGACGAAUGCGAAGUGCCACAAGGAGCUGCAAGAUUCCGGAGUACUCUACGUGCACUUACAUCUUGACUCGAGAAGAUUCAAGAUAGCGGAGAGUUUUGUUGACUGGAAAGGAAAAUCACUGGCAAUGUUUCACGCGACGAGGAAAAACAAUCACGUCAUCUUGACAGCAUUCAUGCCCAGCUGCCUGCCUCAUGCGUUCAUUUGCACUUCGCUCAUUGCACAGCCGUGUCACCGCGAUGUCUUGGUGGAGGCAAAAGAAGAAAGACUUGUGAAAUGAUCAAUGAAAUGCCGAAAGAUUUGAUUUUACUGUAUAUAUGUAUUUUUUUUUCUUUUUACUUGUAAAGGAAAAAAAGGACGUCCAAUGGAUCAUUUUCAUGCACCUCGAUGGAAGAGCACUUUUUAUAAAAGUCUAAAACUAUUGUUGAGAAGUGUAUCUGGUAUAUAUUGUCAGAGUGUCUAUAUUUUCAUACUUGAUUAAAUGAAUAAGGAGAAAGGUACACCAUUUUAUUAAUUGUAUGAGAGAUGGUGUUUUGAAAGUUUGGCCAUUGUUGCUGUUGUUCAAAUUUGAAUUUUAAACAUCGUAACCAGUUGAAAGUUCAGUCAAAUUCAUUUGAAACUGCUGAAAAGGCAGGCUAAGUUCGAAGCAAUGGGAGUACAUGGCGUAAUAUUUAUUGAGUUUGCUUACCGGUAACUCAGUAAUGAUUGCAUUUAAUAGUUUGGUUCUUUGGUAGAAAAAAAAAAGUGUUUUUUGCACUUUACUUUAUAGGAAAGACUUACAUUUACCCAAAUCCUUAUCCGAUUUGGUUGGGACCAGGGUUAAUGUAAAAAAAAAAAGUGAACACCCCCCCCCCCCCCUUAAAUGAAA